AUGACUCUUGAGGAUGUUGGACUGCACUCAGAUCAACUCUUCUUCAUGUCUAAAACCACUUCAAAUGGAACUCCAAGAAUCACAUAUGCAACAGUAUACCAGUGCAACAAUUUUUCUAUGUGCUUGUUCUUUUUACCACCAAGAGCUGUAAUUCCUCUUCAUGAUCACCCUGGCAUGACUGUUUUCACCAAAAUUCUUUUCGGAUCAAUGCAUAUAAAAUCUUAUGAUUGGAUUGAUCCUAUUCAUGAAUCCACUCACUCUGGUUUAGCGAAAGUUGUCAUGGAUUCCGUCUUCACUGCACCUAGCAAAAGCUCAAUUCUGUAUCCAAAUGCCGGGGGAAACAUUCAUUGUUUCACUGCCAUUACAUCAUGUGUUUUUCUUGAUGUUCUUGGUCCUCCUUUUUUGGACGGCCGUGAUUGCUCAUACUACAAAGAACAUCCUUCUUCUUCCUCUUCUUCUUCUUCUUCUCCUUCUUCGGCAGAUGGCAAUGAAGUAAAUGAAGAUAAUCAUAACUGUUGGUUAGAAGAAAUUGAUGUGCCGAAGGACUUGUUUCGCGGUGUCGAAUACCUUGGACCGAAGAUAAUCGAUGCUUGA